CGAAAGCCAGAUUCGCCCGCAUUCUCGCUGGACCCGCGAGCAAUACCUACCGACCCGCAAAACACGCCAGGCUUCUUCUCACCACACAGUUUCUGAGGCGUUCAUUGCAUCCCAUGUUUUUCAAAAAAGACAAGCCCCAGUCAUCGGCCAAGGUCAACGAGCAGGUCACGUAUACGCCGUUUGACCGGCCCAGUGCCGGGUGCAAAGCACCGGCCAAGACCGAAUUGACCGCCGAGGAAAAGAAGAAAUACGGCCUUGUUCUUGCCCACAUGGCGGCGGAAUCCUUGCGGAUCGCGCCCAGCGAGGAGGCACUUAAAAACGGGCCCCGUGACCUGUUCUCGCCGCUCACUGUGGACGAAAAGGCGUGGCUCUCGCGGGAAUGCAUUUUGCGGUACUUGCGUGCUACGAAAUGGGACCACGAAAGUGCAGCCAAGCGGAUCGAGGCCACGUUGGCGUGGCGCCGCGAGUUCGGGCUCUCGAAAAUGUCCGAGGCCGAAAACGAGCUCAACCUGCUGGUGGUGGCGCCCGAAAACGAGACGGGCAAAGAGGUGAUUCUAGGCUUUGACAACGACUCGCGGCCCUGCCUUUACUUGAAGCCCGGGAGGCAAAACACCAAAACCAGCCACAGGCAGGUCCAGCACAUGGUGUACAUGCUCGAGAGGGUGAUUGAUUUCAUGCCGUCGGCGCAGGACUCGUUGGCUCUUCUUAUCGACUUCAAGGCGUCGCCUGCAGGCACCGUCAGCACCAAGAUUCCUCCGGUGAACAUCGGCAGACAAGUGUUGCACAUUUUGCAGACACACUACCCGGAGCGGUUGGGCAAGGCUCUCUUGACCAACAUCCCCUUGCUUGCAUGGACGUUUUUGAAGAUCAUCCACCCGUUCAUCGACCCGCUUACCCGCGAGAAGUUGGUCUUUGACCAGCCGUUCCCUGAAUAUGUGCCCGUGGCGCAGCUCGACAAGGAUUUUGGGGGCGAGGUCAACUUCGAGUAUGACCAUGCCAAGUACUGGGAUGUGAUGGUGGAAAUGGCCCUGGAGAGAAAGAGACUGUAUGUCAAGAGAUUCGAGGCCUUCGGCUCCCAGAUCGGUUUAUCCGAGGAGGACUUGCGGGGCGACGAAGCGGAGUUGAGGUACUCCGUGGAUUGGUACAUGUGAGUAGUAUAUGUGAGUAGUAUGGGCUUCCCGGUGGCACGUUUUCAAUAUUAUAUUUCUAUGCAAUUCUUCU